AUGUCUCUCGAAAAUCGCGACGCCGCCAUCCGCGAGGCCAAGAUCUUCGUUCGCGAAGUCGUGCGCAAUGACUGGCAGUUUAAUUCCGCGGCAGCCAUUCAUGACGAACGUCCCACCUCGUCAUCCUCCUCCAGCUCCUCGAUCGGUACACUCUACAAGAACCGCGAAGUCAGCGAAUGGCGGUGCCGAGAGUUCGAUAGUUCAGGCUCGGAGCUUGAGCCCCAAUCAUCAGACGAUGAACGUGAUAUGGAAUCGCCCCCUGCUUUGAGAACACUGGGAGAUCCCGCGAUUGAGAGACGGCGUAAGCGCCGUCGUCAAAUGGAAGAGGAGAUGGCAUGGAAUGAGGGGUUACGCAUGUGGAUGGCACGGCGGGAUGCCUGGUCAGGAGCUAGAACACGGCGGCAAAUUCGUGCCAAGGCAAAAAAUAAAAGCUCUGGCGCCUCUGCGCUCCCUCAGUCCAAGGAUCGAUCUGGUAUGGAUGGGGUGAGUUCAGCAGCCGAUUCUGGUGCGGGGAUUUCUCCCACCAUGAAUCCCCGCGCUCGCGAGGCAGACGAUGAAUCUGGCCUUGCCACCAAGACAGAGGCUGCGCUCUCAAUUGCGGAGAAGGAAAAGUGUCACGAUCAGCAGCGCCGGCAGGACCAGGAUGAAGAACAAUCCACUGCUCCCGACGAAGAGACUAAGCGGAAGGAGUCAACGGAAACCAGCAUCACAGAGCCCGAUCAGAAUAUAAACUACACCACAAAUGGCACUACAGCUACUAGCGAAGACAGCAAUCUCCUGGAUGAGCAAGAGUCCGACGAAGAAGAGGAACUGGACGAACCCCUCAUUCCCGUUGCACCUCCGUUCAUCGCACCCACAAAUCCCAUCCGCGCAACCAUCAACCCCUCAAUCUACCCAUCCAUUUACACCAAGGUUGUCGUGCAAGGCAUGACUCCCACUGUCCCCGUAAAUCUUGCUGAUUUGACCAAAGCGAUGGUCCAGGGAUGGAAGGCAGAUGGCCAGUGGCCCCCCAAGCCGGCCGUGUCCUCAAUUGUCCUCCAGGAUGAUGCUACUGUUCCCAAGGCUGCCGAUUCUGCCACCGAUGGCCAAACCCACCGGAGGAAGAACAGCAUUACAAAUGCCAUGCGCAAGGUGUUCCAUAUGGGCACACACCCUUUCCACCGGCGUGGUUCUGGUAGCCAAGAUGCUGGCGCAGGAAAUGGUAAUGCAACGGGGUCUCUGGUUUAG